AUGACGGAAAGAAACGAUGAUGAUCCGGUGCCGACAAGCACCGAACAAAUGAAAGAGAUAAGUGCCGAAGAAGUGGGGAAGGCAAUUGAAGGUAGUCUAUCCGGGUUUAUAGACAAAAUACAAAACACGGUGUUGUCACUAGUCGAAGAACGAGUCAAAAGGUUGGAAGAUAGUGUCAACCUUAUGAAAGAGAAAUCGGGAGAACGCAAAGGAUGUUCGUACAAAGAAUUCAUGGCGUGUAAACCGCCAAUCUACAACGGGGAGUUGAGGGGUCAAGCCAAAGAUUGGUGGGAUAAUAAAAAGAAGGAAACAGGAGCCGAAGCGGCGAGGGUUAUGACUUGGGAUGAGUUUAAGAUGCCGUUCCUUAAACACCAUAGUCCCAAAGCGGUUAUUAACAGGAGCAAGGAAGAAUUCAUCCAGCUAAGACAAAAGGGUGAAACAAUCGAUAAGAUCACGGGUAUCUUUAUAGAUAAGCUGAGAUUCUGUGACGAGUUGGUCACCACGGAAGAGCAGAAGAUAUACUACUAUUACAACAUGCUGAGUGUUGAAUACCGGGAGUUCAUGACUCCCUCAAAGUAUGAAACCCUCACGGAAAUUAUCAACACCGCCCUGGAGCGGGAAAUUGAGUUGAAGAAACAAAUUGAGAGGGGCGAGCGAAGGGCACAAGAUGUGAAUCCAAGACCAACAAAGAAAGCUCGAAUUGUUGAAUCGGGAAAGAAGGCGGAUGUGAAAGGCGGGUUGCCGAGUUGCAAGGUGUGUGGAAAGGGGCACAAGGGUGAGUGCCGCUUCAAAGACAAGUCGUGUCCUAUAUGUGGGAAGACGGGACACACCGCAUCAUUAUGUCCGGGAAAGGUUUCCGUUUGCUAUAAAUGUUAUCAGCCCGGCCACAAAAAGUCUGAAUGCCCAGACUUAGUUGGAAAGAAAGACGCUAAAGAAUCUCCAACAGAAGCUCUGAAGGCGAAGGCUAGGUCCUUCCAACUUACAGCGGCUGAAGUGAAAACAAAACCCGUUGUGGUCUCAGAAGUUGAAAUAUGGGACAACAAAAGUUUUAUAGUUUGUGAUGUUUGUCGAGGCUGCAAAUUAAGCAUCGAUGAUGAGGAAUACUUGAUAGAUCUAAUCCCUAUGUCGAUGGGGGAGUUUCAAGUUGUACGAAUCACGGGCGGUUAUCACGAGGAAUAUAGAUCAAAUAUCAAGUCACAAGAUAGAUUGUACGGGAAUAUUUGA